UGUAUUUUUUGUCUCUGAUGAAAACCAGUAGGUCCGGCAAAUUUCCCAACCAGUUAAUUCUUGUUCUCUCCUCUCGUGCUGGAUGUGAUCUGUUAAUCAUAUGGUGUGAUGUUGCUUUGGAGGAACAUAUUGCUUUCAUGCACUGUUUUAUCAGUCGCAUAUUUCGGGCAUGCUUGUGAUUAUGAAGUGUAUAAAUGUGGAGCCUUUGCUCCAGGAGACGUACAAAUAGGAAUGCUUAGCUCCUGUUUUUCUAAAGUGGAGAAUCUAUAUUCAAGAGGAGCUCCAGACAUUUACAACUGCUCUGAAUUUAAUCCUGUAUCAUUUGUGAGGAUGCUUGCUUUCAUCUACACCAUCGAAACCAUUAAUAAUUCCAGCUUCCUGCCUGGGGUACGCAUAGGUUACCGCAUCUGUGACACUUGCUGCCAUGCUUCAAAAGCCCUACAGAGCACAAAGCGCCUACUGGAAUUUAACUACACUGAACCUGGCCAUUGUGAGCGUAAUCUAAACCCCAAGAUAAAGGCGAUCAUCGGAGCACGGUACUCUGAAGUGUCAAUCUGUGUGGCUCGCUAUCUGAGCCUCUACAUGGUGCCACAGAUAAGUGCAAGCUCAUCUGCAGAAGCAUUGAGUGACCAGCUGCGCUACCCUUCCUUCCUUCGCACCAUACCCAGUGAUAUCCACCAAACCAAAGCCUUGGCCAAACUCAUGUCUUACUUUGAGUGGGAGUGGGUUGGUGUUGUUCAUGGAGAUGAUGAUUAUGGUAAAAACGCAUUACAAGGAUUUCUGGAAAACGCAGAAAAUGAGAAUAUUUGCACCGCCUUCAUAGAACCAUUGCCUACAUAUCUGGAUUUUAAGGACAUUGAUAUGCUGAUCCAAAGAGUGGUCCAAACCAUCCAAAACUCCACAGCAAAAGUUGUGCUAGUCAUCUUAAGAGAAGAACUUGUGUACAAACUCUUCACCGAGGUGAUCAAACAGAACAUAUCACGCACUUGGAUAGCCAGUGACGCCUGGUCAACGUCACAAAAUAUCAGUAAAAUGAAGGGCAUCGACAGCAUCGGCGAUGUGUUCGGUUUCAGCUUCAUCACGGGCCCUAUCCCUGGAUUUAAAGAGUAUCUGCAAAAUCUUGCCAUCACCCCGGGUGCUGAGAAUAGGUUCAUAGAAGAAUACCAAAAAUUAGGGAAUGAAAAAGACUACUUAACAAAAGUAGUGGAUAUUACACAGGCUUUUGCUGACCGAUUAGCUGUGCUAUCGGUUGCUCAUUCCUUAAGGACACUUUUAAAAUGUACCCAAACUGCCUGUCCAGGAAACAAAGAUUUCCCUCCCUUUGAGCUUCUCAAAGAACUGAAACAGGUCAACUUUACUCUGGACAAUCAAACCUUCUACUUCAAUGCAUCCGGAAAUUUUGUCAAUGGCUACCAUUUGUUGAACUGGGCACAAAAUAAGUCUAGUGGACAAAGAGAUUUUGUUGUUGUCGGGGGAUACCAACUGGAGAAAGAACAAAUUAAUAUUCAUAAAAAUUUUCAGUGGUAUAAUUCGAAUUUGAAUACGAUCCCAAUUUCUAUAUGCUCCAAUGCCUGCCCUCCUGGCAAAAUAAGAAAACUUUUAAAGCCAUCCUGCUGUCAUGAAUGCAUAGAUUGUUUGGAAGGCACUUACUCUAAUGACACAAACCUUCAGAACUGUUUCCCAUGCCAAAAUGGGACAUGGUCACUAAAAGGAUGGACAAACUGCACAGCAAAGACAGAAGUCUAUUGGAAGUGGAAUGGCCUACAAGCUAUCGUUUUUCUAGUGUUUGACAUUGCAGGAUUUCUCCUCUUGUUUAUGAACCUGAUUAUCUACUUGGUGUUUCGUGAGAGUCCAGUCAUCAAACAAGCUGGAGGCUACAUUUAUCUUCUCAUUAUGGUAGGGUUAGCGCUUAGCUAUACCAGUGUCAUAGUCUUCAUCGGUAGACCCAACGUUCAUCAGUGUAGGGCACGGCAGGUCCUGUAUGGCUUAGGCUUUUCACUAUCCGUCUCAUGUAUCUUGGUAAAAGCCUUGCGAACUUUUUUAGCCUUUCUUCCUCGACACCGCCAACACAAUGUCAAAAAAUUCUACAAGCCUCCUGUCAUUAUUGGCUUCGGCACCUUCCUUCAAGUCCUCAUUUGCAUUUUUUGGCUCAUUUUUGAUUCUCCUUCUGUAGAUAUCCAGACGCGUAAUGACAGCAUGGAGAUCACUGUGCAGUGUAAUGAAGGUUCUGGCAUGGGAUUUGGUUUCAUGCUUUGCUACACAGCCUUACUUGCACUCAUCUGCUUUAUUCUGGCAUUUAAAGGGAGAAAAGUUCCUCAGCGCUUCAAUGAAACUGGACACAUUAUCCUCAGCAUGUUGAUAUUUCUGUUUGUAUGGGUGUGCUUCACUCCGAUAUACGUCACCAAGAUUCAACAGCGCUACUCAGUUCAAGCUGCAGCUAUCUUGGUUUCAUCGUAUGGAAUUAUCUUCUGUCACUUUGCCCCCAAGUGGUACAUGGCCCUUUGUAAGAAGAAGGAUGAGGUCACUAAGGAGGCCUAUAUUGCACAGGCACGCAAUUACAGAACAUCAAAUGCCUCCAUUCUUACUACUUCUUCAGGGGUCGGGUCACUAGCUUCAGAAACUGGACUCCACCUCUCAGUUUCACAGACGAGCAUGAACAUGAGCAUAAAAUCAAACAAUAGUGCGAUUUGUUCAAUUAGCUCUGCAUGUAUUUUGAAUACAAAUAAAUCCAGUAACUCUCAGGAGAUACGGAGAAGGUUUCGCAGAAUGUCUAUUUAGAGGAUUUUGAAUCUCUCCGCCUAGAAGUAUUAUUAUUCCAAGCAUUGAACUUCAUAUAAGUAUUCUUCAUCCAUCUAAUGUUUACAUGUAGCUUUAUGUUUUAACAUGGACGUUAUAACAGUUAUGCACUGAGUAAUAAAAUCUCUGUAUAGUCCAUGGAAUUUUGGAGGAAAUGAGAUGUCUAUUUUGUUGAUUGUGUUAUUUAUUAAUUUUCUUAUUUUUUAUAUGUUAUGUAUUUUUAUGUAUAUGUUUAUUGUAUGAAUGCUAUGAAGACUUUUCCUUAACAACAU